AAUAAAAACAAUAUUGUCGCGGUAUUUUAGAUUAUGAAUAGCGAUAAAUGUACUUAAUAUUAUGGUCAUUGGGUUUACAAUGUUGUGUGGUGUGUACGCAGUUGUGUGUCUGCGUCCUGCGUGGCUGCGUGUACACUUUUCACAGAAGAAACUAGAAAGAAUGCUACAAUCUUCAACUUUAAGAUGGGUUUCUGGAAAUCUGCUUCAAUCGUUUUUAUUUGUAAUACACACAUUGGAUUACACUGUGACAUAUUGAACGACGAAUACGACGAACACUCGACGACUAUAUUUUGACUAUACAGGAGAGCGGCUUACCCAGAUCAUUCAAAUACAGAAAUGCAUUCGGAUUCUUUAAUGGAAUACGUUUUGGUGAACUACCGAUGGGUGUUUGUAGUAUUCUUCCUCCUACCAUGCACUGUGAUGGGAAAAGUGUGGGCCACCUUCGAAAAAAGCUUAUGGUCACGCCGCCGUCGUACCGGAAUUGACCACGAAAAAAAAGUUAAAAACAUUCAGUGCGAGAUACGGCAUAGAAAUUUAUACGCUCCCAACCGUAUGAUGUGUACAGCCAGACCUAGUUGGAGGAGCAUGACUCUGGCUGAAAUGACGUACAAGAAAUGCAUGUUUAACAUAAACGUCCAUUUGGAUGAGAUGAUUUCUAUCGAUAGUCACAAUCGGACAGUCAGGGUCGAACCGAGUAUUACAGUGGGCCAAUUAAUUCCAAUAUUAAUCCAAUCCGGAUGGACAGUACCCGUGGCCUUGGAAUUAGAAGACUUGACUAUCGGAGGACUAGUUAUGGGCAUUGGAUUGGAAUCUUCGUCUUUUAAGUUUGGGUUGUUUCAUAAGACAUGUACGCGAUACGAACUCAUUACAGCCGACGGUGAUUUGAUCACAUGUUCAGAGGCAGAGAAUCCAGACGUUUUUGAAAGUAUUCCAUUUUCGUAUGGUACACUAGGAUUUUUGACAGCUAUCGACAUCACCAUAAUGCCGGCAAAAAAAUAUGUCAAACUCCAGUAUCGUCCGAUUAGUUCUUUGGAAAAAAUUCAAUCUAGACUUAUCUCAGAAACGCUAGAUACAGAAAAUAAUGAUUUCGUUGAGCUAUUAAUGUAUAGUAAAGAUGAAGGUGUUCUGAUGACUGGAAAAAUGACGGACGGCGAUCAAAGCACAAAAUACAUCAAUGAAAUUGGGCGAUUUUACAAACCGUGGUUUUUUAAACACGUUGAAUCAUUCUUAUUAUUACAAAAGAAUGCCGAAGAAUAUAUUCCUUUAAAAGAUUAUUUCUUUAGACAUAAUAAUUCUUUAUUUUGGGAAGUACAGGAUAUAAUACCUUUUGGAAACCAUCCAGUAUUUCGUUAUCUAUUGGGAUGGAUAAUGCCAGCAAAAGUGGCUCUACUGAAAUUGACACAAACUGAUACCAUUAAGCGAUUGUACAAUGAACAUCAUUUCAUAGAUGACUUCAUACUACCAAUUUCAUGUCUGAAAAAAUCUGUAGAAAAAUUUCAUGAACACUUGAAUAUUUAUCCUAUUUGGGUAUGCCCAACUGUUUUAAAUCCAGGCCACGGUCUUGUACACUCACAUGCGUCAGUAGACAAUAUGUACAUUGAUAUUGGUUUAUAUGGAGAGCCCAAUGUGUCCAAUUAUAACUCAGAUAUCGCGAAGGAUUUAGAACUAUUUGUACUCAAGUCAAAAGGAUUUAAGAUGAUGUAUGUUGGCACUUAUUUGAAUAUAUACGAGUUCAAGAAAAUGUUUAAUCAUUGUUUGUAUCAGCGUAUAAGAAUGCAGCUUAAUUGUGAAUACAACUUUCCAGAAGUCUACGACAAAGUGAAUAAGAAAGUUAGGAGAUAAUAUCUCAAUAUUAGAUAUAUAAUAAAAAUUAGAACGAUGAAUGCUAACAUUAAAAUAAAUAUUAUCUCUAAUAUUUAA